CACGGUCCAGAUCAUAUCUAAGGUACUCAACAAUGAGUCGCCGCCGGUGAUGCCCGUUAGAAUUAUAACUAAGGAAUUAAGAGUUACCAUUCUUCUCCAUAGAUUUUGAAGUUCAAAAAUUUCCUCCAUAACAUCAGGAUACAACUCUGUGUUUUUCCUUCUCCAGUUUUUGAGAGUUUUUUUUGUUCUUUGCCAUGAAUUGAAGUCUGAAGAAUGUUGUUGUUUAAGAAACCAGUCGGGAAACAAACCGGAGGAUCCGUGCCGGUGUACCUCAAUGUGUACGAUCUGACCGCGAUCAAUGGCUACGCUUACUGGUUUGGCCUUGGUGUUUUCCAUUCAGGAGUUCAAGUUCAUGGUGUGGAAUACGCAUUUGGAGCUCACGAGUACUCAACAACAGGAAUUUUUGAAGGGGUGCCGAAGCAAUGCCAUGGAUUUAGAUUUAGAAAGUCAGUUUUGAUAGGCAAAACAGAUAUGAAACCAGCAGAGGUGAGAGCUUUAAUGGAGGAACUUGCUCAAAUCUACAAAGGAAAUGCUUACAAUUUAAUCACCAAAAAUUGCAACCAUUUUUGCAACGACGCUUGUGUUAAACUCACAGAAAAUUCCAUCCCAAAUUGGGUUAAUCGCCUUGCUAGAAUUGGCUUUCUUUGCAAUUGUGUUCUACCAGUGACCUUCAAUUCCACCAGAAUCAGGCACCACCACAGAAUUGAACACAAGGUUGUAACCAUGGAAACAAAGAAGGAUUUAACAAGUCAAUCCAUCAAAACUCCCAAUUCUAAUCCCUCUUCUUCUGCAACUUCUUCUCCUUCCUCGACGUUUCGUCGAGGAAGAAGCCGAACAAGACGAGCUCCUCCUCCAUCUUCUCCAUUGUUUUCUCAUUCUUCAUCUUCCUGAUAUAUGGACAUCACAGCUCCUAGCUAUCUUUUCCUUUAUGUCUUCUUCCUUGUGAUCUUGGAAUAUCACUCUCAAUCAAAAGCAUUCACUUAUAUGCUUUGGAUUCCCUUGAAAUGUUCUUUUUUUCCCUCUUGUUCUUUUUCCCCUUCUUUCUCUUUCUUUUUGCAUUCAUCAUCUUUGAAUACUCCAAAGGAACAAUUGCAAGUUGUAAAAGUUGAUAUUAUUGUGAACUUCAAAUCCCAAUUCAUAUUUUCAUAA